AUGCACUUCUCUAGCCUUGCUGCCUUUGCCUGCCUGGUCAUCAGUGCCAGUGCCUUUGACUACCCUGAGUUUGUUCCCCUGCACCGUCGCCAGGAGCCCGGUACCCCUGCAUAUGAAUGUCAUGCCAACUGCGGUGGUGUGAUCACAUCUUCCCGCUCCGAUGACUUCUGCGACUCGAGCACCUUCAAAUCCCAGCUCUCCGAGUGUCUGAAAUGUGCAAACGAGUUUGACAUCUGGAAGUAUUACGGCUCCUCGGUGUCUAAGGCCGCCGAGUCCUGUGGUCUGGACUCUACUCCUGUGGACGCAGAUGAUGAUGGCUCGUCUACGACUGUGCAACCUGCUCCUACCACCAGCGCUGGCUCCAGUGCCACUACCACCGAGGCUCACAGCGAGGCUCCCACCAAGGAGGCAACCACCUCCGCCGAAGCUGAGGACAGCACCACGGCCCCUGGCACCACCGCUCCCUCUGCGACUCAGAGCCUUACCACCACUGCCUCGGCUGCGGGAUCCUCUCAUCCGGUAAUUCCCACCGGGUCGAAGUCGACUCCUGUGUCUGGGUCGGGAACCCCUACUGGACAGGCUGUACGUUCUUCUUCCUGA